AGCCUGGCAGUUGCAGACUUGAUAGUAGCUAUCUACCCUUAUCCACUGGUCCUCACAUCUGUGUUUCACAACGGAUGGAAACUGGGAUACCUACACUGCCAGAUUAGUGGCUUCUUGAUGGGCCUAAGUGUCAUUGGAUCAAUCUUCAAUAUUACAGGCAUCGCUAUCAAUCGGUACUGCUAUAUCUGCCACAGCCUCAAAUAUGACAAGCUGUACAGCGACAGGAAUUCAUUGUGCUAUAUUGUUCUCAUAUGGGUCCUAACAUUUGUUGCUAUCGUGCCCAACCUGUUUGUGGGAUCGCUACAGUACGACCCCAGGAUUUACUCCUGCACAUUUGCCCAGUCUGUGAGCUCAGCAUAUACUAUAGCAGUUGUGUUUUUCCACUUCCUGCUUCCCAUAGCUGUAGUUACUUUCUGUUACUUGCGAAUAUGGAUCCUCGUUAUCCAGGUAAGGAGAAGGGUUAAACCGGAUAACAACCCUAGGCUGAAACCCCAUGACUUCAGAAACUUCGUAACCAUGUUUGUGGUAUUUGUACUGUUUGCAGUCUGCUGGGCUCCUUUGAACUUUAUAGGCAUUGCAGUGGCUGUCAACCCAAAAACUGUAAUCCCUAGGAUUCCAGAGUGGUUGUUUGUGUCUAGUUAUUACAUGGCAUAUUUCAACAGCUGCCUUAAUGCUAUAGUAUAUGGACUCCUGAACCAGAACUUCAGAAGAGAAUACAAGAGAAUUAUUGUCAGUUUUUGUACAGCAAAAGUUUUUUUCCAGGAUAGUUCUAAUGAUGCAGGAGACAGAAUGAGAAGCAAACCUUCUCCACUGAUUACAAACAACAAUCAAGUGAAGGUGGACUCUGUCUGAAAAUGGGAAUCUUACUAUUAUCACUCAACAGCAUCCAAAAAAAGUGUCCGUUUUAUUAGACCUCCUGUUAAAUGUUAUAGUGAAAUAUACU